UUGUUUUGCCGUCUUCUACGAGGUAGAGGGGGGAGGGUGCGUUAGGUUCAGCAGUCAACCUGCCUGUCCCUGCCUCGGCCGACCCUCGACGCGACGUGAGCGGAGCCGAGCAGCAAGCAGGCAGAGUGGCAGAGUGAAGGCAGUUGCUGGCACCACCGGACUCUGGCAGGCCCACCUCCCGCCUGCUCUCCGUGAUAAGUGGUUCUCCGCCUCCAGUCUUCUCUCCGCACGGCGCGCGUCUCAUCAAACCUCUGCUUCGCUCCUUGUGCGCGUGCACGUCAAGACUGUUGGCCAGGACUUCUCUUACGUUGUGGAGGUACCGGAGGCGCCGUUGUCGAGUGGUGUCGUGAUAGAAGGGGACUUCGAAAGAGUGCUGAAAUCUAGUGCCAGGGAUGCCAAAUCCUCCAACCCUGACUCUGGUGCCCUGGCGGUCGCGGAAUCACCGAAUGCGAUUUGGAGGCAACCGCCGUCGCCGACGUACAUCCCGUGGACCCCUUCUCUGAUGGGAACUGUAGGAACCUUCAACUUCCGGUCAUCAACAGUAAAGGAAAAGCAUUCGAAAUUGCUUCUCACAGAAGAUAACGAGGGCUAUCUGGCCUCUUUCGUGUUUUCCGUAACGGAGGCUUUCGAGGGCACCGUGUAUGCGUACGCUGCUCCCGUCGGCCCCUCCCCGGUAGUGGCCGACCUGACGUUCGCUGCAAUGCGCGCCCAGAACAUCCUGACGGACGUGCGCCUCAGGGCGGCCGGCGAGGAGUUCCCUGCCCACAGGCUGGUGCUGGCUGUGGCCAGCCCCGUGUUCCGCAGCAUGUUCUCUGGCGGCUACAAAGAGGCUCAGGCGGAGAUCAUCGACAUCGUCGACGUUGCGUCUGCGCCCGUAUUCCUGGCGCUACUGGACUAUGUGUACUGCGGGAGUCUGGGCGAGUUGAACGGAUCUCUGGAAGUUGUUGACCUUCUCGAGCUAGCUGAUCGCUUCCUCUUGGAGAACCUCAAGAAGAUGUGCGUAGAGCUGCUGUUGAAUGUCGGGGUCGGCGAGGCAGUCGUCGUCCUGCGUGCUGCGCACGAGUCGCCGCAAGUGCCUGAGGAAGUUUUGACCCGCGUCACGGGACUCGUCCUGGAGAAUCUGCCUGCGCUGGCCCUCACCCAGGAGUGGGCUGACUUGGGCAUGGCGCACCCUGGGGUAGUGAAAACCUUGAGAGCGUCGCAUUCUUAUAUUUCUACCCUGCAGAAGAGUCUUGACCAGCGCUCACAACCCCGCUUGCACAUUCCCAAGUUAAAAAUGGAGAGGUUCAGCAAAAGGAAGUAACAUUUUUCAUAAUUAGUAGGUUAGAACUAAAUUCCAGACGUUCUUCCGUUAACCUUGAGACAUGUGUUUCAAUAUUUGAAAGAAAAUUAGAAUUUUUUUAUUCACUAUGAACAAAAAUUGGUGUUAGUAUUGAGAACAAACAUAUCUCUCUUUUCUGUAAUGUAGGGGAAAAUUUUAGAAAAUUGUUAGUGUUAAGUCUUUUGAAGUUUCAAUAGAUGUUUUCAAGCGAAAUAAAAAAAGGUUCGAUGAAAACUUU